AGGUAAUGUCAAUAAGAAAGAAGAUAGUUGUUAACGGCAAAAGGGAAGGGACAGACAAACUGACAACGAUUUAAAUUUAACGGAAAAAGUGCGAUAGGUUUUAGAAGAAGCUCAUCUCAUAACCCACCUUCAGGUACAAAAGUACAAGUAGCAUUUAUAGUUAUGGCAUAGGUAAUUUUAUAAGCCGUUUUAAUCGUUUUUGGUUUAUAAAAUACUAGUUUAAUUAAGAUAACAGGGUCCUGAAUUGCUACAAAUAAAAUGGCUGACAAUACUUCAGUAAGGGUAGCAGUGAGGGUCAGGCCAUUAGUCCCCACUGAACUCUCUAGAGGCUGCAAGGAAAUUUUAGAUGUUAUAAGAGAAAAUGAUCAGAUUAUUAUUAAAAAUAUUGACAAAGAUAAAGCAUACACUUUUAACUAUGUUCUGGGCACACAUUCUGUACAAGGGGAAUUGUAUGAGCGGUGUGUGCAACCGCUUAUGGGUAAUUUAUUCAAGGGUUAUAAUGUUACUAUCUUGGCAUAUGGACAAACUGGUUCAGGUAAAACACAUACUAUGGGAACAGCUUAUACAGAACAUGGAGAUAUGGGUGUUAUACCCAGAGCUGUAAACGAAAUAUUUGAUUUUGUAAAGGAAAAUUUCUCAUAUGAUUUUAGUAUUACUAUAUCAUUUAUGGAACUUUACCAGGAAGUUUUGUAUGAUUUGCUAAGUGACAAACUAAGGGAGCAAUGUAUACUAGAAAUAAGGGAGGAUCCAACUAAAGGAAUACACAUUCCAAAUUUGACAGAAGUAGAUGUCAAAUCUGUAAAAUCUGUUCUUGAAAUUUUGCAAAAGGGAACUACAAGAAGGGCAACCAGUGCCACAGCUAUGAAUGCCCAUAGCUCAAGAAGUCAUGCUAUAGUGACCAUUAAUAUUUCAAUGAACAACAAAGAAAAUUGCCAUGAAAACAAACAGGCAAAAUUACAUUUAGUAGACUUGGCCGGCAGUGAGAGGCCUAAAAAGACAGGAGCAAUAGGAAAUACAUUUAAAGAAGGCGUGAACAUCAAUAAAGGGCUCUUUGUGUUAGGAAAUGUAAUCAGCAGCCUUGGAGAUGAAAAAUCACAGAAUGGGUUUAUUCCUUACAGAGAUAGUAACCUAACAAGGUUACUAAAAGAUUCCCUUGGCGGAAAUAGUAUCACACUUAUGAUCGCAUGCGUUAGCCCUGCAGAUUACAAUUUAGAAGAAACCAUUUCGACACUUAGAUACGCCGAUCGGGCGAAAAAAAUUAAGAACAAGCCUAUUGUUAAUCAGGAUCCCCAGGCGGCUGAAAUAAAUAUGCUUAAGAAGACUAUCCAGCAAUUAAGAUUGCAAAUCCUAGGUCAAGGUGGCCCAGCCAUCGGUACACAAGAAUUAGAAUCAAUCAAGAAAGAAAAUAUUGAUCUCAAAACUAAGAAAAGAGAUCUAAGUUUGCAACUUGCUGCCGCUCUUUUUAAUAACACUAAUUUACAUGAAAAAAUAAUAAUUUUGCAAAACGCAAACGAAUCCUUGAAUAAAAAACUUGUGGGACUAAAAGAUAUUUGUGAUAUUACAUUAAAUAGUUAUAGUGUAGGGCUUGAAACCAAUAAUCAAGACUUAUUAAAAGAAAAUUUAAUAAAUUUGCAGCAAAUAAAGGAACAAUUUGCUCAAAUAAACAAUGAUCAAAAGCAGACAGACAACGAGAUAGCCAACCAUGAACAUAAUAAACCUUCUAUGAAAGAUUUUGCGGAAGGCGCAAAUGAACAGUCAGAAGAUAUUCAAGAGAAACAGGAAUCGCAUACAAAUAGGCAAUUCAAUCUAAAUGUCCAACUGACUGAAAUAGAAAAGCAGCUCAAUAUUAAAGAGAAUUUGGCUAAGGAACUGAUCAGUGCCAAUUAUGUUGUAGAUUAUCAGGCAAUGGCAGAAAACGAAGCAAAAAUUGCGCAACUCGAAAAGGAAAAAGAGGAACUCCAGCAGAUGUUAAAAAAUAUUGGCAAUUCUGGAAAAUUGUCAGAGCAACGUCGGAAGAGAGUUCAAGACUUGGAACAUCAGUUAUUUGAGUUAAAGAAAAAGGUACAAGAACAAAACCAGUUAAUAAAAACGAAGGCCAGGGACGAAGAACGUAUCAAAGUUUUAAACAAAGAAAUACUCGAAAUGAAGCAGACCAAAGUCAAACUAGUAAAGACGAUGCGUGAAGAAACUGACAAGUUCCGGCAGUGGAAAAUCCAAAAGGAGAGGGAAUGUAUACGAUUGAAACAACAAGAUAUAAAGAAAGAAUGUGAAAUUGCAAGAAUGAAAGUUAUUCAUAGUAAACAGCAGAAUGUGUUUAAGAGGAGAGUGGAGGAAGCGGAAGCUAUAAAUAGGAGAUUGAAACUCGCGUUGUCGGUAAAACAACAAGCACAGGAAUCGAGGAAUGCUGGUAAAGCUGAACGAAUCGAACCAUGGCUCAAACAGGAAUUUGACCUAUAUGUGAACUUAUUGGAAGCGGAAACAACGCUUAAAGUGCUUUUGGAAGAUCGAGCUACCUUACAACAUCAAUUAGAUGAAAUGAAAAACAACUCUGAUGCGAAUUCAACCGAUUGUAAAUCAAUUGAGGAUGAUCUGGAGCUAAGAAGUGUUCAGAUACAGGAUUUGCAGCAAAAACUCUUGGAUUCUAAUGAAGAUACUAAAGCUAAAACUAGAAUCGACAAAUUCCAAACAAUGGGAGAAGCAAAGUAUGGCAUAAAGUUUUUGUUUGCUAAAGCCGCAGAAGUCGUGAAGGAGAAAGUUAGUCUUCAAAUUAAACUAACAGAACUACAGGAACUUUAUAAUGACACGCAAGAAAAACUUAAAUGCCAAGGCGAAGAAGCCGAACAAAUGCGGCAAGAAUAUCAAGAAAAAAUUGCUUCAUUAUUGACUCAGAUUAACGGAAGUGGAGAUUCUAUUGCAAAAGAGGAAGCUCUUCAAAAACAAAUUGAAGAAUUGGAAAUCAAAAACGAAGAAUUAACAGAAAAACUUCGUGAUGUAUUUGCUAUUUCCAAAACUGCCCCAGCUACUCCAGCUGUUUCCGAAGAAAAAAGCUCCACGGCAGAAAUGAAUGCAACAUUCUUGCUCAAACCUCCUGACGUAAAUUAUGUAUAUGCCACUCCUCCAAGCGAAUUACAAAAGAGCAGGGACAAAAAUUUGUUGAAACCAGAGCCCAUUAGAUUUGAUGAUAACUCAUUAGGUGAAGACGAUGUCUUCGGGAUUGAUGAUGAUGAUAUUGAAAACGAUCCCGACUGGAGAAAAACUCCUUUAGGAAAGAGAAUAUUAGAGGAAAAGCAAAAAUUACAAAAAACUUCCCUUAAAUUCUCGGAUGAAAGGCCGUCUAAAAGAUCUUCUGAAGGUGGCUGCACAUGUAAAACUUACUGCAAAGAUGGCAGGUGCGGAUGCAGAAAGAUGGGCAAAACAUGUGAAGGCAGUUGUAAAUGUAAUGAAAAUAUCUGUGAAAACAGGGAAAAGAGCGAAAAUUCAUCCCUAAAAGAGUCUGGAGAUGAUGAUUUUAAGAGACCAAGAAGUGUGGAUUUACAAGUAGAAUGCCGUAAAAUAGAUUUAAGUCUCAAUGUCCGGAGGCGGAAAGCUUCAGCAGUCAAACACAUGUGGUUCCACUCUUAAUGUUUAACGUAGAGCAACGACGAGAAUGAUCUACCUAGGAAACGUCAGAAGAAGAGAAAAAACAUUUUUUCCGAGAAUGAAUAGUAGAUUUAAUAUAUGAUGUACAUAUUUAUUUUAUUAUAAGUUUUAUUUAUUAUAACCGACAUUAUUUUGACUG